AUGGCCAAGACAGAGUUCGCAAUACUAAAACUCGCCUCGGUCUCGCAUUUGGGGCACAACAACAGACUUAUUACCCACAAGAUCACGGUUUACAUGAACAUUAGGAGACUGAAGAGGGGCUGGAUGAGAUAUAUCCUUCCCUGUUUGAAGGAAGCAAAGACCAAAAAGAGGUGCCACUGGGUAUCCUUCGUACCUAUCCCACUUAUCCCUGUUGAACAAAUCCGAUACCUUGGACUUCACUUGGACAAACGUCUAACUUGGAAUCCUCAUACCAGACUGAAACGACAAGAAACCGCUCGACGUUUCCGACUACUCCAACACUUACUAGACAAACGCUCUAAGCUUCCAGUUAAUUACAAAAGACUUAUAUACAUGACUACAAUAAGAGCUAUUUGGACUUACGGAGUUGAGCUUUGGGGCUCCACUAAGCCAUCGAAUUCCUCUCGUAUCCAAUCCUUACAAUCCAAAAUCCUUCGGAAAAUCCUCAAUGCUCCUUACUUUGUCACCAAUAAAAUAAUCCAUAAUGACCUUAAUAUUCCUUAUGUUUCCGAUUUGGCCCAAUCCUUCCAUAAUAAACUUCAGAACCAUCCGAAUCCUCUCGUCUCUAAUCUUGCUUCCUCUUCUAUUCCUGAUAACCCUCCGAGGCGUGAGGAAAUCCCUUAUCGAGGUUCUUUUGAGCCUCCGAAUCGUGUUUUCGGGCAUGUUAAUCGAGGCCAUGUCUUGUAUCAAGAGAGAGAGAGAGAGAGAGAGAGAGAGAGAGAGGGAGGGAGAGAGAGAGAGAGAAAUAUUUCGCUUCAACUUAAUUCCAAGAAGUUCCCGGCACAAAGGCACGGUGAUCGACAAAAGGAGAAAGAACGAUUUUGUACCCUGAGAAGGGAGCCACGAAGGGAGAGGAUGGAUCGGAUGUAUGACAGCACCGAGAGCGGCUACGAUGGAGGCUCCCAAGAGAACAUUCUUGAUGAGCCACACUAUGAAUCCAUCAAAAAUAUCAACAUAAAAUCGGAAAUUCAAAAAGAACAUAUUUACGAAAAAAUGAAUGGAAAAAAAGAAAAAGAAACAACAGAAGCUCAAAAUAAUAAAACAGAGGAUAGUGAAAAAAGUCGGCCGAAAAAUAAAUACGACGAUACAAAAACGGUACCAAAUGGGAAUAAGUUCUGCGAUGGUAAUGAUUCGGAAUAUGAUCCAAAAGAAGAAACUCCCGAUUAUGACUGCAAUAAGGUGACCAUUCACGCUGUCAUUGAAACUAUGCACGAACAACAUAUGGCAGAACCAGCAAUGGAUAAAGAUUCAAUUGAUAGUGCUGAGAGUUACGAAAAAUCAGAAAACGAUUCAUCCAAAUCUGAAACUACUUACGCCAAAUCGGAAGACCAUUACUCGAAAGAGGAACUUUACUCAAAAUUGGAAGAGGUAUAUUCGAGAUCUAAAGAGAAGUAUAAACAAGACGAAAAGUCCAGGCAAGAGAUAAAUUCGAAGCAAAAUUCUAUAGGCAAUGAACAAAUGGAAAAAGAGAACAAUCAGACAGACGUUAAAGAAGAAAUAUACAGCAAUAUUGAUGCUUCUUCAAAAGGCUCAAAGAAGCCGGAACAACCGAAACUAGAAGAAAACCAAGAAGAAGGUUCAAUAGUGCAGAAAUUAGUAAAAGUUGCUGAGGAUGAAGGGGUAGCCUCGAAAACUCCUACACCACCUCCAAGGAACUGCAAUGUUCUUUUGGCAAAUACGGACGAACAAACUUUCGUGGAGGAAGAAUAUUCAUAUGAGCCAGAAUUUAAAAGAGCUUCCUCAAAAUUAGUAUUGCGAACUAGAAGUUUGCUGAAUUUAGAAGAAGAUAGAAAUAGAACUGAAAGAAACUUCGUUAGGCCUUCAGCGGUGAGAAUGAAAAUUACAACAGGACCCGACGGAACUUUCGUAAUUGAUGGAAGGAAAGCAUCUUCCGAACUAAAUCUUUCUGACGAGAGCAAUAAUGAACCUGCAAUAAAAGACAGGCGUUUGAUAUCGGGAGAGGAAUUGAGAAGAAGGAAAGAAGAGAUUUUUAAACCAAAACCAACUCCAGAACAGAACAUGAACAAAUACACUGAGGAGAUAAAUACAGGCGCAUGCCGUACAACAAAAGAAGAAGCUAUAUACAAUCUCAAGAAAUAUCUUAAAGAAAAUAACAUAGGUCUAAAAGAACUGCUAACUAACAAUAAUGUCGUUAUAAUCGAUACAUACAGGGAUAAGAAAUCUACAGAGGAUUUGUUGGAAUAUAAUCACAAAAAUAUGAGGGAAUGCAGGAUAACUGGGACAACUACAAAAAGUGAAGCCCGAGAAUCCAAUACUUUGCCAAGAGCGAAUAAAGUACACCAACCUUCAGUCCAGAGGCAUUAUUUUUACAAGUUGGUCAAGUCACGGCCUAAACUCCCAGAUGAAGAGCUGCCCGAUCCUGAUAAGGUAAGAUCUACAAGGCAGAUGUUCCAAAAGCCAAAGAAUGGAACACAGACAGGAAUAAUGCUUCCAAUUGCAGCUAAAUUGAAUAAUCCGAAAAAAGAACCAAGACCGACACCAGAAGUGAGAGUAGUUCAGGGAGAUCGUAAUUCGAAAGGGUGGACCGAUAGUGGAAGCCUGUCAUCAGGAGUCAGUUCAGAUAUGAGUCAAUUGGACAACAUGUCUGACAAAUGUUACACUAGUGAUGAAGAAGACAUUACUCAAUCACCGGAGGCAGACCAGCAUCCAGUUUCCCCUGAAGUUAUGAAGAAGAUUAGAGCAUGUGGAACGACCAUCACAUAUUAUGGGGGACGUGUGAUUUCUCACAGUCAUGGUUCUGGUAAUCAAAUGACAAUGACCAUCAUGGACGAGAUAAGGCAAGGCAAAGAAGGUGGCAGGGGCAAGUUUCGGCUCGUGAAGAGCAAUAGUUGUGGCAGUAGGCUGGAAUUGGCUGGCACGGAUGAACAACAGCUGUACCAUGAGCUAAGUCACAGUCGCUUCUAUGAGGACAUGUACGGGGGAAAGAAUCUCUGUGACGAGAUGAAAGGCAACCUAGGACCACUUGAAGAAGACAAGAAGGAGGAAUCAUUGAAAUACGAGGAAUUCAAAGAAAGAAAGCAUGAGGAAGUAAAGAAGGAAGUUCAGAAGAUAGAAAUGGGAGAAAUUAAUAAGGACAAGAAGCCGUCUUGGAGGGAGCUCAUCGAGUCCCGGAAGCAGCUACGAGCGAUGGAGCACAACAGGAGGCCCUGCAACGACAUGGUCUUUGAGGAGUACCAGGUUCUUGAGGCGUAAGGAACAAUCAAGAAGAAUGGAGUAUUUAUUGAAUGUAUCUGCGAGGUUAUGUAUAAUUAUUAAAGUUACUAUACAAAUAACAACCACUAAAUGUAAUAUAAAGAUAAAUAAACAAAAAACAUAAUAAUACCUAGUAUAAUAGUAAGCAUUUAAUUUACGUAUAUUUAUUUUUAAAAAUAUAAACAUAUUUUUCUUAUUGUUCACUUAUCUACACGAAGUAAAGAAAAAUAUUAAAAAAAUAAUAACUUUAUUAAAAUUUAUCAAAUACCAAAUAAAAUGUUCAUUAUCAGAGGUAUACACGAAAAUAGCAUUAUAAUGCAAUCCUUUGUGAAUAUGAUAUGUAGAAAGGAGAAGUGUAAAAAUUCUUCGUUUAUUUACAUAGUUGACCACAUAAACAUUAUGUAUCGAAAUGUAAAAUUAAUGUAUGUAAAAACUUUAUUUAAUAUCCUUAAUCUGCACCAACUAGAUUAAGUUUGUAAAUAUUAUUAAAUGUGAUCUUAUUUUAAAAUAUGUAUUAUAUGUUAAAUAUUAUAGAAAGUAAAGUGUGCAAGUUCGUUAAACUAUAAAAAAAAAAAAAAAGUUGAUGUUAUUUAACAAAUGAUCUGUAGAAUUUCGCUUGUACUAAAGCAUGAGGAAUGUUGAGUAAGUAACUAAUCAAAAUAUAUUCAGUUUUAGAUAGUUAAAGACACUAUUUUAGAUUUUAAAACACAAUAUAUAAAUCAGACUGUGAAUUUAUUUCAUUGUAUAGAAAAUAAAUGAGUAUCUAAACAUGCAUUAUUUUUACAAGUAAGACCUAAAUGUCAUAGUUACAUGAAGAAAAAAAAUCAAAUAUUAAUAAUCUUAUCUUCUGUUAUCACAUUUGCUGACUGUCAUCGUUAUAUCUGACAAUCUGUGUACGAAUUAAGUAAAAAUAUACUCAAUUUAUUCUAACAUUUACAAUAACACAUAUCAUGUUUGAAAUUUUAAACAAAAAUAGAAGAAAUCAUUAUUGCAAUUUUUUUGGAUAACUUUGUAUACAUAUGAGUGGCUUCAUAUCAAAUACGAACAUCUGUCAUUUUUAGAGAGGCAAGAAGGCCAAUUCUUGUUUUAUUGAUUCAACCUAAACUGUUUCUGAUAAUUUGAUUGAAGAAUGCUCAAGGUAAAAAAAACAUUAGAAUAAGUUUAAAUUGAAGCAAUGUUUCAAAAGUUGGCUUUUUCUCAACUUUUUAAAAAUUCCUGUCUUAACUUCUUAAAAUGUCUGUUUUUGGCAUGGAGCCACUCAUGUAACAUUUAAAAAAAAUAAAAGUCAAAAAUUAAAUUAAGGCGCAUUUAGCAACCGAAGACUUCUUGGAUUUGUCAGGUUUAGGAAGACCAUUACAAUAUAUGUAAGU